AUGCUAAAAAAGGGAAAGUCUAGUGCUGAGGGACUCUAUGUUGAAAACCGAGGAAGGUCUAAGAAGCGGAAUGAUGGUAAAGACAAGGGAAAGACUAAGGAUCAGGGAGGAAGGUCUAAGUCUAGAAACAAAAAUGGCAAGAAAGGUACCUGUUUCAUUUGUGGCAAGGAGGGUCAUUGGAAGAGGGAAUGCCCAAUGCGUGGACAAAAGCAGAAUGAAAGCUCCUCUGUUAACACAGUAGCAGAGAUAAAGCAGCCUUUGGUCCUCACUGUGAGUUCUCAAUACACCAAGGAUGAGUGGGUUAUGGACUCCGGAUGUACCUUUCACAUUACACCAAACAAGGAGUUAAUGUUUGACUUGACAGAAUUUGAGGGAGGAAAAGUGCAUAUGGCAAAUAGCACAUACAGUGAAGUACAUGCCGGAUAUGAGUCGGAAUCUCAUCUCGUAUGGUAUGUUGGAGAAGUCAGGAUGUACCUACACAGGAGAAAAUACAAGUUACGUUCUUCAAAGAUGGUCAGAAGGCUAGGUCACAUGAGUUCUAAGAAUAUGGAAGUCCUAUCUAAGGAAGGUUACAUACCUCGAAUGGAGAUUGGAGAACUAGGCUUCUGUGAGAGCUGCGUCCUGGGGAAGUCUCACAAGCAGAGCUUCCCGAAAGCCAAACACACUACUAAAGGGAUCCUUGAGUACGUUCACUCGGAUCUAUGGGGUUCACCGUCAACUCCAGAGAGUCUCGGUGGUGCAAAGUACUUCAUCAGCUUCAUCGAUGAUUACUCAAAGAAGCUUUGGGUUUAUUUCCUGCGAACAAAGGAUGAGGCAUUCAGUAAGUUCAAAGAAUGGAAAGAAGCUGUUGAAAGUCACACUGAGAAGAAGAUAAAGUGUUUGAGAACAGAUAAUGGUUUGGAAUUCUGCAAUACCUUGUUUGACGACUUGUGCAGAAAGUCUGGAAUUAAGCGCCAUCGAACCUGUACCUACACCCCACAACAAAACGGAGUAUCAGAAAGGAUGAACAGAACCAUUAUGGAUAAAGUGAGAAAGGAGAGGUGGUCUGGUCAAAAGCCUGAUCUCACACACCUAAGAAGGUUCGGGUGUACAGCUUACGUUCACACUAUUCAGGAAGUCCUAGAGCUGAAAGGCACUUUCCUAGGCUAUCCGUUUGGUGUUAAGGGUUACAGGGUCUGGAUUCCAGAAGAUGGAAAGUGUACGACUAGCAGGAAUGUUGUUUUUAAGGAGGAUGAAGUUUACAAGGAUCUAAACAGUUCUAGCAGAUCUACGUCUAGUGAUCAGUCUACGGCUACACAGAAGAAGAAAUCUGGGAGGAAAAAUGUUACCUUUGAUACUCAGCUGAUACAAGGACCGACUCCAUUGGGUGCACAAAAUUUGUCUGAUGUUGGUUCUGAGGGUUCAUCUGAUAUCGACGGUCAUGAAAUUUCAUCUUCUGAUGCGGAUUCUUCUCAAGGUGGAGCUACUUCUUCAGGUGGAGCUACCACUCCUUCCUCAGUUGAUCCCAUUGAUGUUACCUCGGAUGAUGAAGAAGAAGGAUGA